GUGCCACUUCAAAACUUCCGUCGGCCCCCACACACAUGCUCGCCCGCCAAGUCACUCGCGCGCUGCUCCGGCCGCAAGCUGCAUUCCGAGCUGCGUCCACGGCAUCUUUGUCGUUGAAUGGCGUGUCUUCUGAAGUCCGCACUGAUUGGACGCGCGACGAAGUCAAGCGUAUUUACGAACAACCGCUGUUGGAACUGGUGUACCAAGCUGCCACGGUUCAUCGCAUUCACUUCGACCCACGUGAAGUCCAACAGUGCACGCUCCUGUCGAUCAAGACAGGUGGUUGCACAGAAGAUUGCAAAUAUUGCUCGCAAUCCGUCAAGCACAAGACAUUCGUCAAACCAGAGCCCCGAAAGAAGGUGGACGAGGUGCUUGAAAUGGCGGCGCGCGCCAAGAAGGCUGGCAGCACCCGCUUUUGCAUGGGCUCGGCGUGGCGCGAAGUCGGCAAGAAGAACGCGUUCAACGAUGUGUUGACUAUGGUCCGCGAAGUCAACAACAUGGGCAUGGAAGUGUGCUGUACUUUGGGUAUGCUGACAGAGGAGCAAGCGGUGCAACUCAAAGAAGCGGGUUUGGCCGCGUACAACCACAACUUGGACACGAGCCGUGAACAUUACCCCAACGUCAUCUCCACACGCACGUACGACGACCGGUUGAACACGAUUGCGAAUGUCCGAAAGGCUGGCAUUUCUGUGUGCUGUGGUGGUAUUUUGGGGAUCGGCGAAAAGGAACACGACCGCAUCGCGCUGCUGCAUACGCUGGCGACGAUGGAAGAACACCCUGAAUCGGUCCCUGUGAAUGCUUUGGUGUCUGUCGCCGGGACGCCGCUCGCGUCGGAAGAAUUGCCGCCCGUCACGGCGUUCGACAUGGCUCGUGCUAUUGCGACAGCUCGAAUCUUAAUGCCCAAGACAAUGGUGCGAUUGAGUGCGGGGCGCAUGUCGUUCUCGGACGCGGAACAAGGUUUGCUCUUCAUGGCCGGCGCCAACUCCAUCUUCAACGGCGACACGUUGCUCACAACGGCAAACCCUGCGUUCGAGAAGGACAACGCGUUGUUUGCGGACCUUGGUCUGGUCGGGAAGCCGUCGCACGUGGCGUCCAAGAAGACGCCGUACGUGGUCAAGGUCACGCACUCAAGCAGCGUCGACCAGGCGGAACCUCAAGUCGCAUCCAUGUAAUCAAGGUUCCUCCUUCUUGUAGAUAGACACACUUUCCCCA